AUGUUGUACCUUAUAGGCUUGGGACUUUCGCAUGAGUCUGAUAUUACCGUAAGGGGUCUUGAAACUGUCAAGAAAUGUUCACGUGUGUAUUUGGAAGCAUACACGUCAAUUCUUAUGGCAGCUAACCAAGAAUCACUUGAAUCAUAUUAUGGAAGGGAGAUCAUUCUUGCCGAUCGUGAAUUGGUUGAAAGUGGAAGUGAUGAGAUUUUGAAAAACGCAGAUACGGAAGAUAUUGCAUUUUUGGUGGUCGGUGAUCCAUUUGGAGCUACAACGCAUACUGAUUUGGUUUUGCGAGCACGAGAAUUGGGAAUUAAGGUUGAGACAAUCCAUAAUGCAUCGAUAAUGAAUGCGGUUGGAGCGUGUGGAUUACAGUUGUAUCAAUUUGGACAGACAAUCUCGUUGGUGUUUUUCACUGAUUCAUGGAAACCAGAUUCAUUUUAUGACAAGAUUAUGGAGAAUAGGAAGAUUGGAUUACACACGUUGAUAUUGUUGGAUAUCAAAGUCAAAGAACAAAGUAUUGAGAAUAUGGCAAGAGGCAGGUUGAUUUAUGAACCUCCUAGAUAUAUGGAUAUUGCCACUGCGGCCAGCCAAUUGAUUGAAGUCGAGGAGUUGAGACAAGAGCAAGCAUAUACUGAAAACACUCCAUGUGUUGCCAUACUGAGAUUGGGUGCUCCUACACAGAGCUUCAAAGCUGGUACUUUAAAAGAGUUGAGUGAAUACGAUUCUGGAGAGCCGUUGCAUACCAUGGUCAUGUUGGGUAGACAAGUUCAUGAUUUGGAGUUGGAGUACUUGUACCAAUUUGUAAAUGAUAGAGAAAGCUUCAAAGCUGCUGUGACAAAGGAUCAAGAGUUUUUCAAGCCACCGCCUUACGUACCACCAGAAGAAGAUUUGAAUGAUUAA